CAAUAGCCGAGUCAACGCCGUAAAUCAACUGAACACCAAACUCCAGGAAGCGAAUUUUCCCGGGAAAGCACUAUAAAAGAGAAACCCGCGCGCGAAGCAGGGAAAAGUGCUUUGAAGAACCAUACAUUUUCGAUUCUCGUGCUCCAAACGCAUUUGAGAAAGGAGCGCGAGAGAGAGAGUCAGAAACUCGAACGCCAAAAUAUUUACCCAGAAAUGUCUCCCCACGAUGACUCUCGCAAGUCUCUCAUCCCAACCUUCCUCUAUUCUUCUUCUUCUUCUUCUUCUUCUUUGUUGAAGAAAACGAGGCCGUUCGAUUUGGACACGUUGAGGACGACGAGCCCUCAUGGAUCAUCAUCCUCGUCGAAGAGUUUUGUGGUUCCGGCACCGAAGGAGAAGAUCGAGAUGUACUCACCGGCUUUCUACGCCGUGUGUACGGCCGGUGGGUCCCUCUGCACUGGUCUCACCCACACGCUUAUUACUCCUCUCGAUGUCGUCAAGUGCAAUAUGCAGAUUGACCCAGCGAAAUAUAAGAGCAUCUCGUCUGGAUUUGGAGUUUUGCUGAAGGAACAGGGAGUUAGAGGUUUCUUUAGAGGUUGGGUGCCCACUUUGCUUGGUUACAGUGCGCAAGGUGCUUGCAAGUAUGGAUUUUAUGAGUUCUUUAAGAAGUACUACUCGGACAUUGCUGGUCCUGAGUAUGCCGCCAAGUACAAAACCUUGAUCUAUCUUGCUGGUUCAGCAUCUGCUGAAGUGAUUGCUGAUGUUGCCCUCUGCCCCAUGGAGGCCGUGAAAGUUCGUGUCCAAACUCAGCCUGGGUUCGCCCGAGGUUUAGGAGAUGGGCUUCCCAAGUUUGUCAAGUCUGAAGGAGCUCUUGGCUUGUACAAAGGGCUUGUUCCUCUUUGGGGUCGUCAGAUUCCAUAUACCAUGAUGAAAUUUGCAUCCUUUGAGACUAUUGUGGAGAUGAUGUACAAGCAUGCCAUCCCAACCCCAAAAGACCAGUGCAGCCAAACUCUGCAGCUUGGGGUGAGCCUUGCUGGCGGAUAUGUGGCUGGUAUAUUCUGUGCUAUCAUCUCACACCCUGCUGACAAUCUGGUGUCUUUCCUCAACAAUGCCAAGGGUGCAACUGUCGGUGAUGCUGUAAAGAAGAUGGGAUUGUGGGGUCUCUGUACCCGUGGCCUUCCUCUUCGUAUAGUCAUGAUCGGAACCCUCACGGGUGCCCAAUGGGGAAUUUAUGAUGCUGUCAAAGUCUCUCUUGGGCUGCCAACUACUGGUGGUGUUACUCCUGACCCUGCUGCCACAGCACUUGCGAAGGUGUGAGUCUAGGUGAUGGUCAACAAUCAAAUGUUACGAAAGGGUUUUUUUUUUUUUUUUUUUGAUCGAUCAUAUAAUAUUUGUGUGCCUUAUUUGAUUCUUGAGUGUAUGGUUUUGAUUUCAUCCUCAAACUCAAUAUAUAGUAUCUAUUUGGUACUUGGUAAUUUUGGGGAUUAGUUUCCCCUUGGAGGAAUAUAUUUAUAUAAUAUGCCAUUUU